AUGUCCACUAUCGUUCAUAGCAAGAUGCAAGUAGUGAUUACUUGGUAUGCCAAAAAUAUUAUCACUGCUGUACUGAAUGAUACGAUUGGCAUCACAUCACAUCGUAUAGUGGAAUGGAAUGGAGUGAUGGUUGUUGUGUGUGUUGCACCACCAGGCAUGUCUCGAGCUGCUGCAAAUGUCAUAUCAAAACGAUCAUCAAUAUUGUCUGGUCAAUGUUACCAUGUCAAAUCAUCCAUUUGGUUGAACGAUACAGUCGACGUUUAUGUUCCCGAGCACUCGUGUGUGUCCGUGUAUGAUCCAUUAAACGCUGCAUAUAUUCCACCGACUGAACAUUGCAAUCCGAUCAUAGGCAUAUAUGCAGAGUUGUGA